AUGGCGAGUUUGGAUGGAAUUAAUGUCAAAGAUAUUGUAAAGGUGAGAUUUUGUCAAUUUUACACGAUAUUUGAUCGAUUUUUAAAGGAUUUUGUGAAAAAAAUUCUUUUUAAUACGACUUCAGAGUAAUUUUCAAAAUAUUUGGUCGGAAAAAUCAAGUAAGACUUAGAAAUUUCAAUGCAAUAUUUUUUCAGGUGGAGCGCACGUCGGUGCACUCGCACAUCACCGGACUCGGCCUAAACCAUCGGUUCGAGGCGGAAUACGUGGCCGGCGGAAUGGUCGGACAAGUGAAGGCACGCCAGGCCGCCGGAAUCAUCGUCAAAAUGAUUCAGGUACGAUUUUAGCGAAAAAUUGGGAAAACAAAGAAUUGUGCGGAAAUCCGUGCAUUUUUGAGCUGAAGAUUAUCAAAAAUUGUUUUUCAGGAGGGAAAAAUCGCGGGACGUGCUCUUCUGGUCACCGGAGAGCCGGGAGCCGGAAAAACGGCACUCGCGAUGGCCAUCUCCAAGGAAUUGGGCCAAGACACGCCGUUCGUCAGCAUUGUCGCUUCGGAGGUAGGGUCAAUUGAAAAAAAACGCGUGAAAAAUGAUCCCAAACUUUUGCAGAUCUACUCGACAGAAAUCAACAAAACAGAGGCUUUGACGCAGGCGUUCCGCCGAGCUCUCGGCAUUCAAAUCAAAGAGGAAACGGAAGUUUUGGAAGGAGAAGUCAUUUCUCUGGAAGUCGACCGCGCCGCCAACGGAAUCGGACCGAAAGUAGGCGAAAACUGCGAUUAUCUACACUUCCGUGAAAAAAAUUGACAAAUUAAGGGGGUUUCGAGUGUAAAAUUGUGGAGUUUAUGAUCAUAUGUGUCCAGUUAUCCUAGUGUGAAAUUUUUUUUUGAUCCUAUGUUUAUGAUUUCUCGUUUGAAAAUCAACCGUUUUCAAUUUCAGGUGGGAAAACUGACGAUGCGGACGACGGACAUGGAGACCAUGUACGAUUUGGGCUCCAAAAUGGUCGAUGCGUGUCUGCGCGAGAAAGUUGUUCCCGGAGACGUCGUGCAGGUUGACAAGGCCUCAGGUAGGCGAGAAAAAUAGCGGAAAUUUUUGAAGUGUUCGCAGAAAACUGCAAAUUUUCUGACAUCUCUAAACUUUAGGGUCUAAAUGACACAUUUUCUCUGGAAAUUAGCUAGUUUGCAGGUCGCGUCACCCGUCUCGGCCGCUCGUUCAACCGAAUGCACGACUACGACGCGAUGGGACCGCAAGUGAAGCUGGUAAAGUGUCCGGACGGAGAGAUUCAGAAGCGGCGGGAGACGGUGCACACCGUCUGCAUCCACGACAUCGAUGUGAUCAACUCGCGCACGCAGGGCUACGUGGCUCUUUUCUCCGGAGAUACCGGAGAGAUCAAGGCGGAAGUGAGGGAUCAGAUCAACAAGAAAGUGCUCGAGUGGCGCGAGGAGGGCAAGGCGACGUUCCUGCCCGGAGUGCUCUUCAUCGACGAGGCACACAUGCUCGACAUCGAGUGCUUCUCCUUCCUCAACCGAGCCAUCGAAUCCGAGCUCAGUCCUCUUAUUAUCAUGGCUACUAACAGGUGAGUUAUAUAGAAAAUCGCUGUAACAAUUUGUUUUUGACAAAAGUAAAACACUUUUCAUUUCAGAUUGAUUGAAACGGUGCGCGGAACGGACGUCCCAUCGGCUCACGGCAUCCCGUCCGACUUCUUGGACCGUAUGCUCAUCAUCAACGCAGCGCCGUACACCCUCGACGACAUUAUGAAGAUUCUGGCGAUUCGGUGCGACGAGGAAGGCGUCAAGUACGUUUUUCAGUUGGAAUCUUAAGAAAAUUAUCACUUUUCAGAGUGGAAAAGAACGCUCUUGACUUGCUGGUGAAGCUCCAAUCGGCUACUUCGCUCCGUUACUGUAUCCACCUGAUUGCGGCGUCGGAGGUGAUCCGAAUGCGUUCGAAGGGCGAAACGGUGACUGUGGACCACGUCGGAAAGGCCUACCGCAUGUUCUUCGACUCGAAACGCUCCGAGAAGAUGCUCAGCAACAACGACCUCAAAAACGAAUAUUUGCUCUAA